GUGGUCUGCCCUUGUUCAAAAAAAAAAACAUAGGAAUCCCCCACAUACUCUCACUGCUCCCGGCCCAGUUCUCACGCCGCCGCCGCCGCCGCGGGUUCGCCGGAACCCUAGGACCCUGCUGCCAUCGCCGGACGCGCGGCUGCCACCAUGACCGGGACAACAUGGAUAAUUGACAGCCAAAGAUUUGCCACCAAAAUAAAAAAUGCUUCUGGGUCUUCAGAUCCCAGUAAACAGAAAUGGAUGAGCAACCCAAGUAAAGAGUGCCCAAAGUGUAGCCAUGUCAUUGAUAAUAGCGAUGUUGUUCACCAGUGGCCUGGUUUGCCUAAAGGUGUAAAAUUUGAUCCAUCUGACCAGGAAUUGCUUUGGCACUUGUUGGCAAAACAUGGAAAAUCUGGUAUAAAACCUCAUCCAUUCAUUGAUGAAUUUAUUCCAACAGUUGAGGAAGUUGAUGGCAUCUGCUACACUCAUCCACAGAAACUUCCAGGUGUUAAGAAAAAUGGAAGUGUAUCACACUUCUUCCACAGGACAUUUAAGGCCUAUAACACUGGCAAUAGGAAGCGUCGAAAGAUAAACACCGAUGAUCUUGCUGAUGUUCGUUGGCACAAGACUGGCAAGACAAAGCCAGUAUUAGUUGAUGGAAAGCACCUUGGCUGUAAGAAAAUAAUGGUGCUUUACAUUAGCACUGAAAAGGGUGGGAAGCCUGAGAAAACCAAUUGGGUGAUGCACCAGUACAACCUAGGCACUGGGGAGGAUGAGAAAGAGGGUGAAUAUGUCGUCUCUAAAUUAUUUUUUCAGCAGCAAUUUAAACCUGGGGAGAAGAAUGCUCAAGAGCUAACCACAGGAGAUGCUGUAGAAUCAGUGGCUGCUGAAACAGAUGCUGUAGAAUCAAUGGCUGCUGAAGCAGAUGCUUCUGAUUUCACUACAUUGCCCUCUGAAGGACAUUUUAGUACAAUCCAAGAAGUUGUACACAAUUCGGAGCAUAAUCCUUAUCAGGUUAACGAAAACUGUGAAAUAAACAUUCAAGAGAAUGCUUCUGAAGGGACAGUUGUCCACCCACCGUCAGAGAAACCAGAGGGUGGAGAUAAUCCUCAGUCACAAGAUCCCAAGUUGUGGGAAAGUGAUUCCCAGUUUGAACUGUUAGACUCUCAGCAGCUGGCAGAAGGACUCGCUAUGUGUGAUGAGUUCCUCCUGAGUCAGUCACAAACCUCUUGUGGUGGUGGAGAUGAACCCAGAGUGAUCAAACCUUGCCUGGCUGUUUAUGCCCAACUACCAACAGAGGACUUCAAGAAGGAUUUGGAAGAGUGCCAGCAGUUGGAGCCCUCAGACGCUGUGAAUAUUGAGCUUGACAGCACAGCUGAGUUCCGACUGAGCCAAAUUGUAUGGUUCCGAUGCCAUUGACUAACAUCAGGAUUUUUCACAGGACAGCUUUACGACAUGGGCUAGCGGCAAGAUGAUUGACGACUGAUGCUGCUACGACGCACUCCCAGGCCAGUGCCAUCUUGCACAUGAAGAAACAGCUGAUCCCUUUUCUGUGAUACGACAGUGAACCGUGCACCAACGGUAGUCUCAACUUUGUGGUGAAUGGUGAAGUGCUUAUUUUGUCAGGGAGACCUGAACGAAAUCUGCCGGCUCGUUGUGGGGAAGGAAGGAGAGCCGGUAGCUUUUGUCUCAUGCGUAUGAAUUGUAACAUAUAUACCAUAGGCUAAAGGACUCAUACUGUGCCGACAGAUGAGUACUGUUCAAAUUAGCCUUGGGUGCAUGAGCUUGUAAAUUACGAUGAUAAUAUCCUGAUUUUAGUUGGUAGUCUCACCAAGAAUCAUUUAUUGUUCAGGACU